UAAUUUGUCUUGUGUCUGUUUCUGAGUGUUCUCCCUUGUUUUGUCACGGGUGUACAAUCAAACAAAGUUUUAUUCAAAAAGUGUAGUUCGGACGGUACCAUUGUUCUCAAUGACCAGGGGUGUAGAGCUUCGUUUUUCUUUUACUUUAUAUCUUUAAUUAAGUCGUUUCGCUUAUACGUUUCGAUAUAAAGACACUUUAAUAGUUUUUGUUCUGAUUUUUACAGGUUACGUUUUCAGCGCAACGAAGUAAAGAGCAGUACAUUUGUAAAGGCGUCAUUGGUAUUUUACUUCUUCACCAAUCGACGACAGAAAAGCCGAUCAGGCAGGACGCUCAAUCGCACGCUGCAUUUGAUCCGUGUGUGUUUGUCUUCGUAAUAUUUCGAUAAAUAUUAAUAAUAUUGUAAAUAAAAUGAGUUCCAGACGAGCUCUGCAUUUUGUUUUCAAAGUUGGCGACAGAAACAAAACAGCGCGCUUUUACAGAGACGUUCUGGGCAUGAAGAUUUUACGUCAUGAAGAGUUUGAAGAAGGCUGUAAAGCGACGUGUAACGGACCUUACGAUGGCAGGUGGAGUAAAACCAUGGUUGGAUUUGGAGCAGAAGAAGAUCAUUUUGUUGCUGAACUCACCUACAAUUAUGGAGUUGGAGAAUAUCAGCUCGGCAACGACUUUUUGGGCCUCACUCUGCAGUCCAGUGCAGCCGUCAGCAACGCUAAACGACUGGGAUGGCCGCUCACUGAAGUGGCAGAAGCUCUGUAUGUGACCAAAGCUCCAGGAGGUUACGACUUCUACCUCAUCGACAAAGAGCAGCCAACACACGACCCUGUGCAGAAGGUUUGUCUGGGAGUGUCAGAUCUUCAGAGGUCAACACGUUACUGGACAACACUUCUGGGAAUGAAGGUGAUGAAGAAGAACGAGGAGAAGAAAACGGUCCUCAUGGCUUUCACCGACACUCAAUGUAAACUGGAGCUUCAAGACAUCGGUGGAACAGUGGAUCAUGGAACAGCGUUUGGAAGAAUCGCAUUUUCAUGCCCACGAGAGCAACUGCCUGACAUCGAAGCCUUGAUGAAAAAAGAAAAUCAGAAAAUCCUCACUCCAUUAGUCAGCCUGGACACACCUGGAAAAGCCACUGUAGAGGUGGUUAUCUUAGCUGAUCCAGACGAUCAUGAGAUUUGUUUUGUGGGAGAUGAAGCGUUUGGACAGCUGUCUGUGGUGGACCCUAAAGGAAAUGACUUACUGGACAAGGCUAUGGCUGAAGAUAAAAGUGAUGAGUGGUUUGCCAAACACAACAGACAGAAAGCUGCUGCAUGAGAUGAUGAUGCUUCGUCACUUUCUCUCUCGUCUCGCUGGCUCAUAUUACGAUGAUGAUGAUGAUGAUGAUGAAGAUGAUGCUGCGUCACAAGGCUCUUCUGUUCAUGUCAUUGUCAGCUUCAGUGUCCUCAGACUCAAAGAGUGAGAUCCAUGAGAUUCUGUUGCAUUAACUGCAUUUUUCACUUUGGUAAAAUAAACAUUCCCUCAAUCAAAAAACAAUACAGUAUUUAACUGCUGUUGUUGCACUGACCAGGUAGUUCAGUUUGAAUGUGAUUUAAAAACAAUUCUUAACAAAAAUGCUCUAUUUAAACUAAUAUAAUAAAUGUCUUGACUGUAACAUUGAUACUAACUGUGUAUCUGUAGUGUUUAAGGGUCUAAGACUUUCAUGCAGCUGCAAUACUUCAGUCAUGUAAGUGAAAAACACUUGAAUGUCACUCCUCUGUUUGAAAUAAAACUGGAAUAUUUUCUCUGA